AACCCCCUUCCACCCCCCCCACCUCUUCUCCUCGAUCAUGAUCUCUUCAGCUCCUAUCCACCUUGCGCUGUUAUAUCUUAUAGGACUCACAGAUAUCAGCUGCUAUAGUCCAGCUGAGUACAAGUAUAUUCGCAACACCUGGUGUAAACCGGCAUGGUCAACAUGAGCUCGCCAACGGACAACUGGGACACCCUGGAAAAUGUCUUUUACAGGAAAGAAGAAGUGUAUUCUAUGGCUUGGGAUGUCGCCGACCUCUCGGACUAUCACGUAGCUGCAGCACGUUAUGGAGGACCCAUUGCCUUGAUACGUGAUGAGAACAAGAUCGUUCUCGCAGGAAGACAUACAUCAGGAAAGCCCAAGAUCAACGUCUUUACCGCAGCGGGGUACCCCAUAGUUACCUUGACGUGGGAUUUGCCGACACCUGUGUUUCUCGACUGGACACCACAAGAGAGCCUGGUUGUCCUUGCAGAAAGUGGAGUUUACCGGAUCUAUGAUCUCGCAGGAGAUUACAAGCAAUACUCCUUAGGCAGCGAUGUGGACAGUCUGGGUGUAGUCAGUGCCCAGAUCCACGACGGAGGAUUCGUAGCGCUCCUCGGGGAUCUCAACUUUGUACAAGUGAAAGGCUGGGAAGGUGGACGGCCGACAUCAUUAGCAAGCCCCAGCUUGCAGGAAGCUCCUCGGUCAUGGCUGUUGAUCCCGCCAGAACAGGCUAUGUCAGGACACGUCGAAGUCUUGGUUUCUGUUCGAGAUACCGUCUUGUCCAUAGACGAGCUUGAUAGCGUUGAUCAGCACCUGGCAAGAGGUCCAUUCACCUCGUUCCGGAUGUCCCCCAACGGAAAGUUCCUGGCCUUCAUCACCGCGAGCCUAUCGCUCUGGGUCGUCUCAUCGGACUUUAGUCGAAAUCUCUCGGAUGUCGAUAUUAGCACAUUAGAGGGCAAUCACGACGCGAGCUCACCUGAUGAUAUACAAUGGUGUGGGGACCACGCGGUGGUACUGAGUUGGCGGGACGGGAGGGUCGUCGUUGUAGGGCCGGGUGGGGAUGGGCUUAGCUACGCGUAUACGCCUGGAUCAGUCCUCAUAGGAGAGAUCGAUGGUUUGCGUAUAGUCAGCGCUUCAUCAUCGGACUUUGUGCAAAAAGUGCCAGGCCCGACAUUAUCGGUAUUCCAACCAGGUUCCAGCAGCCCUGCUGCUAUUCUCUACGAUGCUAUGGAACAAUUCGACCGGAAAUCGCCAAAGGCAGAUGAAGCGGUCCGGAGCAUCAAGACGGAUCUCGCCGAUGCGGUCGAUACGUGCGUAGAAGCUGCUGGACUCGAAACGGAUGCGGUCUGGCAGAAGAAGCUGCUCAAGACUGCGACUUUCGGUCGUGCGUUUCUGGAUUUGUACAACCCGACAGAUCUAGUAAACAUGGGCCAGGCAUUACGAGUGCUGAAUGCUGUUCGUUUCCAUGAGGUCGGGAUCCCCCUGACUUAUCGGCAAUAUAUGGCGGCCCCAGCAGAACGCUUGAUAUCGCGAUUGACUGCGCGCAACAUGCACCUAUUGGCCUUGCGGAUAUCCUCCUUCCUUCAAAUCAGAUCGGACCCAGUCUUGAAGCACUGGGCUUGCGCAAAGAUAGCAUCUGCGCAAUCUGUAGGUGGCGACAGCACCGCGAGUCAGGAUGACGAUCUCAGGCGGAUCAUUGUGAAGAAGUUCGAGAAGGAAGGUAUGGCGGUAAGCUAUGCCGAUAUUGCCAAACGUGCUUGGCAGGUCGGACGGACUCGGCUAGCUACCAAGCUUCUGGAGCAUGAGCGACAGGCUGCCGAACAGGUACCCCUUCUUCUGGCCAUGAAGGAAGACCGUUUGGCCCUCACAAAGGCGGUGAAAUCAAGCGACCCCGAUCUGGUAUUCCACGUUCUUCUCAACCUGCGCGGCCGUCAUACUCCAGGAGAUUUCUUCUCGCUGGUCGAUGAUGGUACCCCGCAACUCGCACCAGCUGUUCGCCUGCUUCAGGUCUACGCCAAAGAGAACGAUCGAGAUCUGCUUCGUGAUUUAUACUAUCAAGACGACCGUCGCCUCGAUAGCGCACUGCUGGAGCUGGAAGAAGGCUGGGCAAAGGAGGACGUUAAUGAGAGGCUGGUCAACCUGAAUGCGGCCGUCAAAUACCUCAGUGAGGACAAGUCACGCUCACUUGAGGCCAAACUCUCCGACGAAGCACAACGACUAUUAACGCAGCAACAGACGAUGGAGAGGGACCUGGAAAAUCGAUACAAACUGAUAGGAUUGAGCUUGAAUGACACGAUGUCCGAACUGCUGCGGAUAGGACUUGGCAAAAGAGCCGAGAAGGUGCGAAGUGAUUGGAAGGUCUCCGAUAAACGAUGGUGGUGGAUCAAGCUGAAAGCUCUGGUGGAAUUGAAAGAUUGGGAGGGGUUGGACGCCUUCGCCAAGAGCAAGAAGAGUCCGAUAGGAUAUGAGCCAUUCGUCGUUCAACUGCUCGAAAAAGGAGAGCUCACAAGAGCUGCGAACUUCGUCGCACGGUGCGAUGUGAAGCGGCGCGUUGACCUAUAUUUACAGUGCGAUGACUGGGGACGAGCAGCAAACGAGUGCAAGGAACGGGGUGAUAGGGGCAGACUGGAGGAACUCAAACGGACUGCGCCGAAUGGGUUAGCACAACGCGAGGUAGAAGAGGUAUUACGUAGAACGAAUAAGUAAUAGACGAUCGACGUGUAUAGCCCGUCUUCGCACGAGCUUAACUUUCGAGGACACAGCAUGUCAU